GAGCAUGCCUCGGACAGCCGCCCCUCAGGGACUAUGGUGUGGGACCAGGAGCCACAGUGGGAGCUGGAGUGGCUUUGGGCCGCUCUCUCAGAGAAGCACAGCCAAGAGCUUGCUCAGGUUCGUCUCCAGUGUGCGAAGGACGCGGCUUUGGAGAUCGACAAGGAGGUGGCGGCCAGAAUCUUGGGUUUGGAAACCGAGCACAAGGUUAAACUUUCACUUUUCCAGACUGAGCUCAAGGAGGAAAUUGAACUCUUGAGAAUAGAAAACAGAAGUUUACAUGAGAAGUUGCGUCAUGAAAUUCGUCUGAAAGAGGACUUGGAGAAAGUAAAACAUAAUUUGGUUAAAGACCACCAGGAAGAACUAAAUAAAGCUGAGGAGAAGAUUCAGCUAAUGAAACGAGAACUUAAAGAAAAAGAAGCAGAAUGGAAAGUUGCAAGCGAGGACCUAGAGAGAGAAUCUGAGGAGAAGUUAACACUGAUGCUCCUUGAACUGAGAGAAAAGGCUGAAUCUGAAAAACAGUCGAUAAUAAACAAGUUUGAGCUUCGAGAAACUGAAAUGAGGCUUCUUGAGGACCAGCAGGCAGCCCAGAUCCUGGACCUGGAGCGGUCCCUGAUGGAGCAACAGGGCCGCCUAUGGCAGCUGGAACACGGGCUUGCUGGGGAUGAGGUUCUGCCAUUCAGCCCGGGUGACCAGGAGCCCCCUGAGGCCCAGGAUGGGGAGCACGGCACGCUGUGCGUGAAGGAGGACUGCGCCCUCCAGCUGAUGCUGGCCCGCAACAGGUUUUUAGAAGAACGUAAAGAGAUCACAGAGAGAUUCAACGUGGAGCAAGAUGCUUUCCUGCGGGAGGCCCAGGAGAAGCAUGCCGGAGAGCUCCAGCUCCUGCAGGAGAGGCACCAGAAGCAGCUUCUGUCUCUGACGACGGAGCUCGAGACCAGACACCAGACUGAGCUUAGCAAGCUGGCGGCUUCCCUGGAGCGGGAAAGCUGGGCCCUCCUGGAAGCCCGCGUGGCCGAACUGCAGGCAAAACACACUGCUGAUGUCAGUGCUCUGGAGGCUAGACACUUGUCAAACCUGGAUUCUCUGGAAUCCUGUUACCUGUCUGAGGUUCAGACUGUGCGGGAUGAGCACAGGCGGGCGCUUGAGCUGCUGCGUGCAGACUUCCAGGAGCAGCUGCAGGAGAAGGAUCGGUCUCAUCAAACCACACUGGCUCAGGAGUUGGAGAGACUUCAGCUGAAACAUGAUGAAGAGCUUCAGUCCACAAAGGAGAGCCUGAGAACUGAAAUGAGUGCUAGACAUGUUGAAAGUCUGAAAGCCCUGGCCAUCAAGUUGCAGGGUGCUCACCAGGAGGAGCUGGCUGCAGCUCUGCAUGAUCAGCGGCGCCUGUUGGAGGAGGAGAGGAUCGUGGCCCUGGACAGAGUAGAUGCUGAGGUCUUGCUCUUGGAGCACCAGCAUCAAGCAGCCUUGCCGGUGCUUGGAGAUGUGCACACAGCUGAGAUGCAAAAGCAGCAGGCAGAGCAUGCCAAGCUCCGGGAGCUGGAGGCACCGCUGGAGGAGGCUGCACAGCUGAAAGAGCAAGUUCUGUCUCUAAGUCAUGAGAUAGAAGCUUGCCGUUGUGAGCUGGAGACACUGCAGCAAAGGCGCGAGAGGGAAAACCAGGAAGGUGCAAACCUUGUCUCCAUGCUGAAGGCUGAUGCCGACCUGUGCAGCAGUGAAAGGAGAGCUCUGCGGGAUGCCCUGAGGAGGUUGUUGGGUUUGUUUGGAGAGACCUUGAAGGCAGCUGUCACCCUGAAGAGCCGGAUCAAUGAGCGCAUGGGUCUUUGCCUGGAUGAUGCAGGCACUGCAGGUGCAGGCCAGGCUCUGCUGGCAGCUCCAGCACUUGACGAGACGUGGUCUGAUGGGACCCUGCUGGAUGUGGACAGAACUUUGCCUGAGUGUGUGGAGACGUCGUCAGUGACUGAAAUCAGCAGUCAUCUGUGUGAAAGCUUUUUUAUGAGCCCAGAAAGUACACUGGAAUGCGAGCAGCCAAUUAGGAGGGUAUACCAGAGCCUUGGCAUUGCAGUGGAUGGCCUCCUGGAGGUGGCCCUGGACUCCACCAGGCAGCUGGAGGAAGCACGUCAACUUCAUUCUCAUUUUGAAAAAGAGUUUAUUUGUAAAAACAAGGAGACGGCACAGGUCGUUAAGAAGCACGAGGAGUUAUUGGAAUGCUUGAAGGAGGAGAGUGCAGUGAAGGCAAAACUGGCAUUGGAGCUGCACAAGGCGGAGGGCGUGGUUGAAGGAUUCAAGGUGGAGAAAGUGGAUCUGCAGGAGGCGCUGGGUCGGAAGGAGGAGUCUGAGCAGCAGCUCAUCUUGGAGCUGGAUCACCUGAGGCAGCAGCUCCAGCAGGCGGCCCUGGAGCAGGCAGCACUGAAGGAGGAAUAUUCUGCCCUUUGGAGCCAAAAAGAAGCCUCUGCCGUGGAAGCGAAAGAGAGAGAAGCCGCUCUAAGGAAGGAAGUGGACUCUCUAAUCGAAGAGCAGUCAGAGGCCCGGAAGCAAUCUGAGAAGGACCGCUCAGCUAUGCUCUCUCAGAUGAAGGUUCUGGAGUCUGAGUUGGAAGAACAGCUCUCUCAGCAUCAGGGGUGUGCCGCGCGUGCCAAGGAAAUCUCCACCCUCAGACAGCAGAUGGUCUCUCUCGACAAGCAUUUGCGCAGCCAGCGGCAGUUCAUGGAUGAACAGGCUGCUGAGCGGGAGCAUGAACGUGAGGAGUUCCAGCAGGAGAUUCGGAGGCUGGAGGGGCAGCUCCGCCAGGCGGCCAAGCCACAGCCCUGGGGCCCCUGCGACAGCCAGUGCUCACAGCUGGAUGCAGAGGUUGAAUCGUUACAAGAAAAGUUGAGAGAAAAGUCAGAUGGAUUUAAUGAAUUGGUUAUAAAGAAAGAGUUGGCAGAUAGACAACUGUUAAUCCAAGAAGAAGAAAUUAAACAUCUUGAGGAGACAAACGUCAACACCAGAAGAAAAGUGGUCCAGCUCCAGGAAGAAUUGGAAAAACAGAAAAAAAUUGUGAAAGAAUUACAAGAUAAAGAGGUAUUGAAGGAGCAGCAGAUGAGUGACUUGCUUCUGGCAUCCACGUUGACGUCUGAACCAGAUGAAGGCAAAUGCUCUGUUCCUCCUGAGGGUCCAGAAAUCCAAGCUGAGGUUUUGGACUUAAAAGAACAGCUAGAAAAGAUUAAAGGUGACUUAGUGAGUAAAAAUGAAGAAAUACUACAUCUGAGCUUAAAAUUAGAUGUGCAGAACAGCCAUGCUGCCAUCAGCAUCAGAGAACUUGAAGAAGAGAAUGCCAACCUGAAGGUUGAGUAUAGCAGAAGUUCUGAAAUUGAGGAGCUGAAAGCCAUUAUUGAAAAUUUGCAAGAGAACCAAGAGCGAUUACAAAAGGAUAAAGCAGAAGAAAUUGAACAGCUCCAUGAAGUCAUUGAGAAGCUGCAGAGAGAGCUGUCCAUCAUGGGGCCUGUGGUGCAUGAAGUCAGUGACAGCCAGGCUGAGAGUCUCCAGAGUGAGCUGCUCAGCUUGCAGGUGGAGAGCCCAGUCGGGCAGCCGCUGCAGGGCGAGCUUGACGCUGCACUCAUGGCCAAGGAGGCCCUGAGCCAGCUGCUGGCCGACCAAGCACAGGGACACAGCCAGGCGUUGGAGGCCGUGCAGCAGCGCCUGCGGGAAGCAGAGGUGGCUGCUGCGCGGCAGCUGGCUGAGCUGAGGCGCAGUGCGGCCCUCAGGGAGGCCGAGGUCAAGAAUAUGGCCUCCCAGAUCCGGGAGUUUGAAGUUGCCCUAAAAGCAAAGGAAGCCUUGAUUGCAGAGAGAGAUUUAGAAAUUAAUGCUAUGAACAAGUGGAAUGUGGCCCAUUCUGCCGAGCUGGAGGCCAUCCUGUUGGCCUUGGCCCGUUUCCGCUGCGCUCUGGAACAGCAACCCCUGGCUGCACCAGAUGAGCCUCCUGAGCUGCAGCGGCUGCGCGCUCAGUGUGCCCGCCUGAGCCACCAGCUGCAGGUGCUGAACCAGCGUUUCCUGAGGUGCCAGACGGAGCUGGACAGACAGCAGACCCCGCAGGCCGCAGCCCACACACCAGCACUCAGGGCCUGCCUGCAGCCUUGUGUGGGGGGCAUCACUGAGGCGUGGGUCGCCAGGGUUGCGGAGGCCGUGUGCGAGGAUGAAUCGGAGUGGGGUGUCGGUGGCAGGUGGCUGACCACAGCCCCCCAUGCCCUGGACCAAGACACACGGGAUGAUUUUCAGCCUGCCAAAGUCCUGGUGACUUUAAAGGAUGCAGAUCUCCCGAAACAAGAAAGCGUGAUGUCAGUGCUCACCCUCUGCCAGCAGCAACUGGAGUCAGAGCUGCUCCUGAUGAGCGAUGAAGUCCACUGGAGUGUGGGGGACAGCAGCAAGGUGUCGGGGAGAAGGAAGGGUAAGGAAAAACUACUGGAAGAUUGUCAACUUCAGAAGGACGAUCUCAUAGCUCAGGUGAAACAACUUCAAGAAAAAUUGAACCAUCUGGUGUAUUCUGUGACCUUCCAGGAUGUUGACACUGAAGAUUUUAAAUUUCAACAGCCAUUGGCAUCAGCAUACAUGUUAGAAAAUAGUUCAAGUGUUAGAUCUCAGAGGGAUGAAGAACCUGACAAACCGCUCUCUGUGGAGGCAUUUAAUACUAAUAAAACCACAUGGGAUCUAACUGAUAUUAUUAAAAAUCGGGAUUCUUUGAUAAUAAAUGAAAUGCCAAAUUUUCCCAUUCAAGAAAAAUUAGCACUGCAGGAUGGGUCCCUUUCUUUACAAACUAGCGUGUACAGAGGCUCCCAAGACCCAAGCCACACCAAGGAGGCUGAAACCCUGAAGAACCUGAGCAGGGCGCUGGACCUGUCUUCCUGGAGCUCCCCAGAGGUCCUCAGGAAGGACUCAACGCUGGAGCCUCCACCCAGCCUCCCCCUGACGCCCUGCUCAGGUACCCUGAGCCUGCGCAGCGCCAACACCUCCCUGCAGGACAGGAUGGACCCCUUGCUGCUGCCGGCUGGUGCACCUGAGCUGCUUUGUCACCCAGGCGAGUCAGCAGCAAUGCAGGUCCUGCAGUGCACAGUGUCUCCGUCAGCCAGCCACCACCAUGUGGAGAGGACAGCUGUGGCCUUGCUGCAGAUGGUGUGUGACGAGAGCCGCCAGAUACUGGCCUUGUCAGAGAGCUGCAGCCUGCCUAGGACCCUGGGCAAGGGCGAGCCACACACACCCCUGGACCACUUCUCGAGGGAGGGGCAGGGCCUGCUGGAGUCAGCACGACAACCACAAAAGGGAGAGAAGGAAGCUUCGGACAUGUGCUUUGAUUGGAGAGGAGAAUUUCUGCAGGUCAUCCAGGGGGUGUUUGAGAAAGAGUGGGAGAUGCUGCAGGUCCAGCUGCAGCCCAGACUCUGCAACUCAGACCCUGGGGAUCACAGUGCCUUGUUCAAGAGGCUGGGGAAUGCCAUCCAGGAGCAGGGAAACGUGCAAGAAAAGUCCUUGGAGCACCUCCACCUGUCCGACAGGAACAGCUUGCUCUCUGAGAUCCAGGCUCUGCGUGCCCAGCUGCGCAUGACGCACCUGCAGAACCAGGAGAAGCUGCAGCAGCUGUGUGCGGCACUGACCAGCGCAGAGGCCCAUGGGAGCCACCAGGAGCACCAGCUGCGCAGGCAGG